GAGAAGCUGGAAAAGUCUAUGUUGGAGAGUCUGUCUAGUGACAUCCGACUGAUGAAUGAACUCCCCGCCACCAAAAAACUGGCCGAGCUCAAGAAACAGUACGACGAAACUCUGGAUAGCCAAGAGCGAGUUGAGUCUAAUGAAGCCACUAACACGAGGAACCGUGAGCUGUCUCGCGAGUUCGCUCGGCGCGGGGCUGUGUGUUUCCAUGUGAUGCAGUACAUGAGGGAGGUGAACCCAUUGUACCAGGUCUCCUACGCUCAGUUUCAACAGCUGUAUGAUGCCGCCAUUGCUCACUCUGAAAGAGCCCAGAGAGCAGAGGAAACUCUGGAGAAGAUAACUUAUAUGGCCUACACCACAUUUGCUAGAGGACUGCUGGAGAGAGAUAGAUUCAUUUUCACUCUGCUGCUGGCCAUUGAGGUUGAAGAUUCCCUGGGUAACAUUGGUCCAGGUGAACGUGAGUUCCUGGUCUCCCCCAACUACAGCUCCGUGGUGAUGACAAAACUGGGUUACACCCAGCCGCCCGACAGCAAGAUCGUCCAGAUGAAGAAGCCGUUUGACUGGAUGCACGAUGACCAGUUCCACAAUCUCCAGGUACUGGCCACUCACUUCGAGUGGUUCCAGGAGAAGUUUGAACGGAUGCCGAAAGACGGGCGGGAGAUGGAAUGGAGGAUGCUGUGUGACAACGUGGAGAAGGAACCAGAGAAUAUGCCCCUGCCAGACAAGAUGGACAGCAAGGACUUCGCCCCCAUGAAACGCCUUCUAGUGGUCAGGGCGGUCCGGAGUGAUCGACUGAUGCAGGCCUCCACGGUGUUUAUACAGAGGGUCCUUGGAAAGAACUGGUUUAAUGUAAAUUUGAAGAAGGAAUAUAGUGGAUACUAUGGAGACAUGGGACUUGACCUGUCAGCCAUGUACAAACAGAGCGCCACUGUCCCCCCGUCCACCAUCUCCCUCCCUAUCCUCCUGCUCUACACCUUUGAGGCAGAGGCCGCCCAGAGCCGGUUCAUUGAUUUCUCCAAUCGGAAGCAAGCACAGCGUCACAUGAUCACCGUGACAGACAACUCCCAGGCGACCCGGAGCAAGGUCAGAAAGGUCAUCCGGAAGGCAGUCAGUGAGGGAUCCUGGGUUUACAUCCACCAUGCUCAUAAUGCCCCCAAUGUGCUGAACAGCCUGGAGUCCUUCCUGGCAGAGAAGCCUAACCCCGAGGGAUUCCGUUUGUGGGUGGCCAGUCAGGCGGACCCGGGGGUGAUCCCAGUCAGGCUGCUGCAGAACUCCAUCAAAGCUGUGGUGGACACACCCAAGGUAAUGAAGGACAGUAUGAUUCGGUCCUUCUCCUGGUUUGAAGCCGACAUCCUGCGCCAGUCUUCGCGACCCGAGUGGCCGGUAAUGCUACACAACCUGUGUUACCUCCACGCUGCCAUUCAGCUGAGGGCCAGGUAUGGUCAGGGAGGGUGGAACUGUCCCCAGGAUUUCUACAGCAUAGGCUACAACUGUCUGCAGGAGGCCCUGGCAAUAGUCCAGAAUGAGUUUAAGGAACCACUGAACUGUGUGGCUCCAGAUGGAUCCCAGAUGCCAAGACCUGUCUCCUACAACGGCAUCAGAUACAUGGUUGCUGAGAUUGUGUAUGGUAGCUAUGUGACAGACUUCUAUGAUCAGCAAAGUCUCUGUGCCAUGGUGGACUUCUGGCUGUCCUCUGGGGCCCUCAAAAGGGACUUUGAAGUCAAAGGCUUGAAGUACCGCCACCCACAGGCCUUUUUUAACCCCAACGUUCGACUGAACACCCUGAUCCAGGCCCUGGAUGGGGCCCCUAAUCACUAUCUGGAUGUCCCGGAGGGCUGCCAUAUCCACCAGACCGUAGUGGAUGAACUUAGUGCGACUUUAUUGGGAGAUGACCAGUAUGUCUUCACCAGACUGAACAAAGUUUUUGACAGCAUGCCGUCUACCAAUACUUUAUCUCACAAGAUGUUUCCUCGACCUCCAACACCAUUUGAUGGACCUGCCCAGGCUGGUAUCAGUAAAACUAGUAACAACCCCUCUGUGGUUCAUCAGGGAGUGUUCUCCACGGCCAGCUAUGCCACACACAAAAUCCGCUUCAAAGACGUGGAACUCUGGCAAAUCUGUAACGACCUUCUGCAGAAGACUCCAAAGAUUGGCAAUAGCAGCAAGUCGUUCCGUGAGUUUGUUGUGGAGAAAAUACGUAAAUUACCUGGAGACUACCCUAUCUUUAAUGACUUCAUCAUGAAAGAAUGUGAGAUUCUUCACCAACUGUUGACAGAAGUCCGACAUACACUCACUUUGAUAAGGAACGCCUGUGAGAACAAUGUGAUGGGUGACCAGCUGAGUGACCACUACCUGUCUGCGGCCGAUGACCUCUACCACUUAAGGAUCCCCAGGAUCUGGUGUAAGAUGACCGGCACCACCGCCCCACCCUACACCUAUAACGCCGCUCAGUGGCUCCGGGAUCUAGAGGACCGCUGGAAACACUUUGAGAAGAUCCUCAGCAUGGGAAGGAAAGCCAUGCCAGCCUAUUGGUUAGGAGCAUUCUUCAAUCCUAGAGGACUUCUUGCCUUGCUGAAACAGGAAGCCAUCAAGAGUUACUGUGGAGAUAGAUCCGGCAAUUUUGAACAGUUCACCUUCCAGACUGAUACAACAUUCAGAGAUUUUGGACAUUUACUUCAGCCACCACCAGAGGGCGUGUACAUCCAUGGAAUCCACCUCUGGGGAUGUUCCAUUGAGAAGACUACCAAUGAAUUCCAGGACCAGGCCUCCAGACAGGGUUACGCCCCCCUUCCUGUCCUUCAUCUACAGUGCUACCCCAUUAACGAGAAACCUGCCCUACAGGAACCCUCCUUCCAGUGCCCACUCUAUCCCUCCAGAAUAGCCCCACGGGACCCCAUCAUGGAAAUUGACAUCAAGAAGGAAGGAAUCCCGCCUAUGAGAUGGGCACUACGUGGGCUCACAGCUACCAUCUGGCCUUAUUAAUAUAAGAAACUGCCAAAGACGUUUUUUUUGUGUUGCAUUAAAAAAUCCAAAAUAAUAACUUUUAGGAGUGAUUUCUUGAUUAAGAUCUGACAUUUUUUUUUCUGACUUUGUGAUUUAUUGAAAUUUUUACUGUAUGACAUAAUGCAUUACAUAGAUAAAUAUGUAUUUUUUGCUGAAUGCAAACCUUAUUCUGUCCUCAUAACGUUCAAUCUGUGAUUACAAUGGUUGUGUACAGAGUAGAUUUGUAUUAUUAUGGUUGUGUUUCUGUGACACCGAUGCAUUAUAUUAUUAUGGUUGUGUUUCUCUGUGACAGUGAUGCAUUAAGUAUUUGUUUAUACUCUUGUUGAUAUUGUUUUUUAUUUUAAAAUUCAUAUAUUUAUUUCUAUUUUAAAGACUUUUCAUGC